CAUUCAAGGGGCCAAGAUUUAUCUGCAUGGCUUCAACAAUGACUCUUGUAGCAUUUGAGCUGAGACCUGAAGAAUUUGAUAACUUGACCUAUGACUCCUGCAACUGCACCGACGACUACUGCAACUUCCCCGAUGACUACUGCAACUUCAGUGACCCGUGUGAAAAUGAUGUGGUCCUGCAGAGUUUUUAUGGCCAGUUCCUGCCUGUGCUGUACACUGUGAUUUUUCUCCUGGGUGUGGCAGGGAAUGGCCUGAUGAUAACAGUCCUGGUGACACGAUGGCGCCAGCUCCGCAUCACAGAGAUCUACCUACUGCAUCUUGCCCUGGCUGAUCUCAUGCUUUUGUUUACAAUUCCCUUCGAUGUAGCCGACAGCGCCACCGGCUGGAUUUUUGGAGAUUUUAUGUGCAAACUGAAUGAGUUCUUGAAGAAUCUGAACCUCCUUUGUGGCAGCGUCCUUUUAGCUUGCAUUGGAUUUGAUCGGUAUUUGGCAAUUGUUCAUGCAAUUCCCAGUAUGCAAAGUCGCCUUCCAAGAACAGUGCACCUAACUUGUAUGAUAAUGUGGCUCGUCUGUUUGUGUUUGGCAUUACCGAAUGCCGUAUUUGCCUCAGUGACACAGAAAAAUUCAACGACAGGCAUACCGUUCCUGGCCUGUUACCACUUCAGUUACGGUGCACACGCAAGCAACUGGGUUUUGGCCAACAAUGUCUUUCAUCAUUUGUGUUUUUUCUUAUCUCUGGUUAUCAUGAGCUACUGCUACACAGCACUAGUAAUUGCUCUGUGCAACAGCCAGAAAAGUGAAGCGAAAAAAGGAGCCAUUCGAAUAUCACUGCUUGUCACACUUGUGUUUUGCUUCUGUUGGCUGCCAUAUAACGUCAGUUUGAUCAUAUAUACCCUGCGACAACAGAGAGUGAUCGCGGAUGACGACUGUAAAUCAAGUAAAAUAAUGCUGCAAGUGCUUGAAGUGACAAAGAGCCUGGGUAUCUCGCACUGUUGCCUGAACCCUUUCUUGUAUGCGUUUGUUGGAGUGCGCUUUCGCAAUGAGAUGAUACAGCUGCUUUGUAAACUGGGCUGCAGACGAAUCUGCCUGCCUUUCCUCAGAGUCCACGGCCACAGUCGGGUAUCAAUUUCUGAUGGAGCAACCACCAACAGCACAGUGCUCAUGUAAUAAAAGUCCUCUAGUCCAUGUGUACAUGCUCUGAAAAUACCCCUCCUCUGUACAGUGAUCUUAUAAUACAAUACUCAUUGCUACUUUUACUGUAUUUUGUUUUGUUUUUUUAUUGUCCAGUCAAAAAAAAAAAAAAAUUGUAAAGUUGGCCAAAUA